AUGUCCCAGGACGACGCGUCGCUGACGGCUACACUGAGCGCCGCCUUCGAGCUCGCGUCGAGUCAUAAUGCCGCAUCCGAGAAAGUCUUGCAGAUGCUGAGUGAUGUGGCGCGCACGGCUGAUGCCCUGUCAGUGAUCAGCCCCAACGACCGCUUGGACGAAAUUAGCACGCCAGCUUUGCGUAUGUUUUUGAUUCCCAGCUUGCAGGCCGACGUGCAGACGCGUGCACGUAUCGACCCUGCUGAAGAUCGCGUCACGCAGCGCCGGAAGCAGGUGGAUGCGUCGAUCGGUGCGGCACGUACCUUUUUCGCCAUGGUGCGACGACACUCCGCGUUACCUGACUCAGUGGUGACGUUACUGCGUCCGUACAUGACAAAAGACGCACAGCAGCCCAUGGCACCCGCAGAUAAGCGCAUGUUCAAAAUCCAGGUCUUGAAACUUGAAAAAGCGGCACAGGCACGGCUCGUAGCGUUCCGCGAUGCCUAUCGGCACAGGCCCACACCGCCCGCUGAUGUAUUUUAUGAUCCGCUCGUCGAGUCAGGAGCAGAUGACGACGAUGAUACCGAGAUGGUGCCUGUUGUGUCCGCCACGCUCGAGGUCCCCCCUGUCGCGCACCUACGCAGCUAUCUCAUGCUGCUGAUCGUGUUGCAUGCACUGCGCACGGCCAACGCACUAGAGUCGCUCCUACAAGAAAAGGAGCUUUUGCAAGCGCCGCCGAUGCCCGAAGCGCCUGACGCGCCCACGGACACGACAUGGCGCCUUGAUCCAAGCUGGACAUCGCCUGCAUCGGAUGCGCCGCUGCUAAGCGAGAGUGGAAGACCGCUGCGCCCCUUUACCAUCAUACCCAAACGCGAGCAGCUCAAGUCAGAGGUGUUCCGCCCGUCACACCGUCUGCCGACGAUGAGCAUAGACGAGUACCUGGAAGAGGAGACGCGACGCGGGAGAAUUCUUCCGAGCACGGACAAGGACGCACCGACGCCGCGGGCGCAGCGACAAGUCGAGAGCGAACAAGACGGGACGCGCACCGCCGACGAAGCUGAGGAAGCGGCACGGCAAGAGGCCAUCUACUGGGACGCCUAUACAGAGAGUCACCGGCGUGGCGAGGGCAACACGAUGAACCGCGGUUAA